AUGUGGGACUACACUGACUCGUCAGAGCAAGCCAUCAUGUCGAAAAUGCCAGCGAAAAAGAAGAGUUGUUUCCAGAUCACGAGUGUUACGCAGGCUCAGGUGGCCGCCAACAACACUGCAGACGACACCGAGAGCCUGGACGAUCCGGACGAAUCCCGAACAGAAGAUGUGUCUUCAGAAAUAUUUGAUGUUUCACGAGCCGACCUUACUGUAUGUGAUAGAAGCUCAUCUGAGGAAACCUUAAACAUCGUGGGAGAAACGCAAGAGGGACAGGCUGCUUUGACAGCACCUGUCAAUGGGGCUGUCCCCAAUAAUAAAAGUGCUGGUAGCGGCUGCUUGCCCCCACAUAAUACGGUAACAAGUGUGCCUGCGGCAGCCACAGCUCAACCUGGUAUGCUGGCCCCUGCUGCCACUGUCUCCUCCACGGUUGCUCCUGUUAAUACCUGCAGUUCUCGCUUCAGGGUCAUUAAACUAGACCAUGGUACCGGAGAACCCUUCAGAAGAGGGAGAUGGACAUGCACUGAGUUCCACGACAGAGACACUGAUUCAAAUGGCAGUCGGACUGUGGAUAGCAUCAAGCCAACUGUAACGCCUGAUCACAAUAUAGAACGGGACAGUGGAAUAGGGACCACCAGUACCAUAGGGGUCUCUACCAGUACUUCCUCACAGGCUUUGGAUAGCAUUCUAGACAGCGGCCACACAACGACUCAUGCCACUCAUUCUUCUGAGACUGUGCAACAAGGCUUUGGCAUGGUCCCUCAGAUUGGGAGUGGAGCAAGUGCCUUUCAGCCCACAGGGUACUCAACAAGUACACCGUCAAAGCAAAUUCAACAUGCUCAGGUCAAUAUGCAACCUGCUGCUGCCAUAACCUUCCUCUCGAAUAACCACCAAGGCUCCCUGCAGCAGAAAGCUCCCAGCAUGCCUCCUACCACACAAGUCCAGCACUUUCCUUAUUCUAACCAUCCCGCAGGCCAGCCAGAUUACGGUCAGCAGCAUUUUGGUUCAAGCACUCUUCCCAUAACCCCUCACUCUAUAGGCCCCUCAUCUCUUAUUGUGCCAGCUGGUUCAGUAGCCCAGGGACUAGGUGUUGAGGCACCCUCCGCCCAGGCCCUCCUGUUACACAUCACACCAGUAGGAGGGCAGCAGCAGCAGCAGCAGCAGCUUGUCAACCAUACACAGCUGUCAGGAGGUUUAGGCUUUGCUUCAACAUCAUCAGUCACCACCAGUGUCCUGAAUGUGCCCACUACUACCAGUACCCCUAUAGGUGGUCUGAGUCAGGUGCUUGGCACCGGAGGGAUUAUUCAACCUCAAGGAGCUCAUGGGGGUGCCACACCAAGCAUUCUCUCUGGAUUCGGUAAUCAGGCAGAAGAUGGUCGGCCCAAAUCUGAAGUCCUACCUCAACCGGGUAGCAUUGUGGUGCCAGUGAAAGACGGUAUGAAGCCUUUCAUCACAGAUGGUCUUGUCCUUCCUAGUCCUGCGGUCAACAGCCUGUUUGGCAUCCAUAUAGCCAUGGAUGGUGAUGAGGACAGUGCAUCCGGUGCCAGUGUCGUUGCAAUUGACAACAAGAUCGAGCAGGCCAUGGAUCUAGUGAAGAGCCACUUGAUGUACGCUGUACGCGAGGAGGUGGAGGUGCUGAAGGAGCAGAUCAAAGAGCUGUACGAGCGGAACUCCAUGCUGGAGCGUGAAAACGCUGUGCUCAAGUCGUUGGCCAACUCUGAUCAGCUCAACCACCUUUCCAGCCAUGGCAGCACGUCGCCACCGCAGCAGCAACAACAACAACAACAACACUCAGCCGUUACAAACAGCAGCACCGCUUUGACGCACCAUGACGGGACUCAGAGCGUCCCCCACCAGCCAAACAUCACCUCGGCGUGA